CAGAGAGAUUGCUUGCCUGUUCCUCAAUAUUGUUUCUCUCUAUUUCACUUAAUGGCACACCUCCCUCCAAAAGUGCCACAAAACUGGCCGGAAAAUCACUCAACCACCCAAAUGGACCCUUCAUGGGUGGACGAGUUCCUUGACUUCUCAUCAACCAAACGCGGCACCCACCGCCGCUCCAUGAGCGAUUCCGCAGCCUUUCUUGAUAUCCCCAUGAUGGCAGACGACCAUAGCAGGAAACCGUCCGGAUCCACAAACGGUGGUGUGGCUGCAGAAUUCGAUCGUUUUGAUGAGGAACAGUUCAUGAACAUGUUCAUUGACGAUGAAUCUGGGACGGGUCCCACGGUUUCGUGCUCGAAUCCAUCGUCACCGUCGGAUCAUAACAGCUUGAAUGAGCAGCAGCAGCAGGUUGAGGAGGAGGAGAGUUCAUGGAAGAAUGAGACACCGUUGAAUCCCCAUGCAAUGAGUUUGGAUAAUUCUAAUGAUAAGAUUUUUGAUCCCAAGAGGAUAAAAAGAAUUCUGGCGAAUCGACAAUCUGCUCAACGAUCACGAGUGAGGAAAUUGCAGUACAUAUCAGAGCUUGAACGCAGUGUCAAUUCAUUACAAGCAGAAGUAUCUAUAUUGUCACCAAGAGUAGCAUAUCUGGAUCAUCAAAGAUUGGUUCUUAAUGUGGAUAACAGUGUCCUUAAGCAAAGAAUUGCUGCUCUCUCCCAAGACAAGAUUUUCAAAGAUGCUCAUCAAGAGGCACUGAAAGGAGAAAUAGAGAGGCUUAAGCAGAUGUAUUACCAGCAAACCAUGCAGAAGAAGAUGGAAAAUGGAUCAAAUCCAACACAUCACCAUGAUUCUCCCAUUUCUGAUCAUGCUAAUGCACAAGAGCAACUUAUGAUCAACUAAUAAAUCUUACAUUUUGAUCUUCCUCAACAACAGUCUUAUCGGUCGAUAUGAUUUGGUUAACAGGAGGCAUUUGAUGAAGCUGUUAUUGAACCAGACCACUCCAAUAUGUGAUCAUCCCAUUGCUUGAUGAAGAUUACAUUUUUUUUUCUUUUUAUUAUUAAUUAAUCAAAAUGUAAUUAAUUUGUCACCAAGAUUUGUUUAGUUCCCUUCAUUUCAAUUGUCUAUUACGUUAUUAUAGUAAGAAAAACUUUUUCUUUAACGUAAUUUAUGUUUUGGUA